CUCUAUCUGAGCGCAUAGAAACGGACGGAGCGGGCGCACAGAUGGGCAGUGUGGUCGGAAGAGCGUCGAAGGAGGGUCGCGUGGCCAAGGAACAGAACCCGACACCGAAGAUGCCGGCUCUCAAGCUGAUCUACUUUGAUGGAAAGGGUCGGGCCGAGCCUUUGCGCUGGAUCCUGGCCGCCGGUAACGUGCCCUUCGAGCAGGAGACGUUCGGCUUCGACGCCUGGCCUGCCCGCAAGCCAAACACACCAUACGGCAGCGUGCCAAUCCUGAUGGUGGACGGCCAGCCGCUGUGUCAGACCCUGGCCAUAGCGCGGUACGCCGGCACCCUCGGCGGACUCGUCUCCAAGGAUGCGCUGAAGAACGCCCUUGGGGACGAGGCGGCCGACACCAUGGCCGAGGUGGUCUCCAAGUUCUUCGAUACAGUGUUCGAGAAGGAUGCUGAGAAGAAAGCGUCCACAGAGAAGUCGCUGUUCGAGGAAUACCUGCCGAAGGUGUUGAACGUCUGGGAGUCGCGGAUGAGCGGAGCAUUCCUCGCUGACGACAAGGCGAUGUGGCAGGACGUGUUUGUGGGCCACUGGCUCUCCCGCCUGGAGGAGGCCCGGCCCGACUUAUUGGCCAAGUUCCCCAAGCUGGCCGGCCAGAAGAACAAGGUGCUGGCCCUGGACGGCAUCAAGAAGUAUCUGGCCAGCCCUCCCCAGUACAGCCUUCCGUUGUAGAGCGGACGACAAGGCACCUGCCGCACAGCGAGAGCCAGCACGCCGCGUAACCCUGCGACGCCGCGCCUCCCACCACGGUGACGCGGUGGUGACACGGUCCUCUCUGACGCAGCGGAAGCGACGCGACUUCACUACCUCUUCUCUCGUCCACCGUCCUUGUCGCCGGUUGCAUUUCUGGUGUCUGCACCGGCACUGCGUGUACGCCGCGCCUCCUCUUCGGUCAGAGGGCGCCUUGCCCCGGAACAGAGAUGUCACGAGCCGGUCGCCUGGCUCGUUCGUCCUAUCUCCAUUUCACCCAUGCACAGGGUAACGAAGUUGUGUUCAGCCGGAAUAUGGCCAUUUAGGGGUGACUUUGAACCUACUUGCACGCGAACAUAGAUAGACAUUGUUUUCUGGCGUAUAGAAACUCACGGAACCGUUCAUCACCAUUGUUUCUGUCGAAAAGUUGCGAAAGACGUCCACUUUCUCGUGAAAGCGACAUGGAUGCGUAUUUUUCGUGACGUUUGGCGGUACGAUACAUCAACAUUUGCUGUAA